UAUUAUAUAAACAUGGUUGCUUUCCCGGACAGUCACAAGCUCAGCCAUGAAUACUGCUCUAGCCAAAAUGCCAAUGUUCUUCUUCUUCUUAUUUACCUCAACUUAUGCUCAAACUAAGGUAUACAUCGUUUACAUGGACCAUUCAGCCAUGCCCAGAGCCUUCUCAACUCACCACAGCUGGUUUGAAUCCACUCUUUCCUCCGUAUCAGACGAUUCAGAGCUCCCCAUUUCCUCAAAACUCAUCCACACUUACACCAACUCCAUUCAUGGCUUCAGCGCAGCUCUCACUCCCUCCGAGCUCGCUGCCCUUAAAAACUCCCCUGGUUACAUACACUCCACCCCAGAUCGUCCUCUCGUACUACACACCACUCAUUCUACUAAAUUUCUUGGAAUGAGCUCCACCUCCGGGGUCUGGCCGGCUUCGUCUUACGGCGAAGGCGUCAUAAUCGGCGUUAUUGACUCUGGCGUAUGGCCCGAAAGUGAGAGCUUUAAAGAUAAAGGAAUGAGUCGAGUCCCAUCUAGAUGGAAAGGAAAAUGCGAGACAGGACACCACUUCAACUCUUCCCUGUGCAACAAGAAACUCAUAGGUGCUCGAUUCUUCAACAAGGGAAUUCGAGCCAACUUUCCCGAAAUCAACAUAACCCUCAACUCUGCCCGUGACGAUCAUGGACACGGAACUCACACGGCGUCAACGGCCGCCGGAAACUACGUUGAAGGUGCCUCCUAUUACGGCUACGCUGCCGGAACCGCCAGGGGAAUGGCUCCAAGAGCUCGGCUGGCCGCAUACAAAGUUCUUUGGGAAAACCAUGUAUACUCAUCUGAUGUUAUUGCAGCAGUGGACCAGGCAAUCAAGGAUGGAGUGGAUAUAUUGUCCAUGUCGUUGGGAUUCUUUGCGAACAAGGAUAAAUUUUACGAGGAAGACGCAGUUGCGGUGGCUACAUUUGCAGCCAUGGAGAAAGGUAUCUUCGUUUCAGCUUCGGCAGGGAACAAAGGACAUCUUGCUGGGACGCUUGACAAUGGGGCCCCGUGGUUGACAGUCGUUGGUGCAGGAACAGUGGACCGUGAGUUUGUAGGAACCUUGACUCUGGGAAACGACACUAACAAGAUUAUAUUUGAGUCGUUAUACGCUGGCAGCUUUUCGGGUCUCCGAGAACCCCUUGUUUUCUUGAACAAAUGCAAGAACUUAAAGAAGUUGAGAAAACUGAAAGAGAAAGUCAUUGUUGUAUGCAAAGAUGGACAGACCACAAACUUGGGAGACCAAAUCGAGAUAAUCAAGAAUGGAAGUACUUCGGUGAUUUCUGGUGCUAUGUUUCUCAGCAACGAUUUAUGGGAAGAUUACUAUGAUUACACUUUUGCAGCUGCAUUCAUUGAUGAAAAAAAUCAGAAAACUGUGAUGGACUACAUCAGUAAGAACAAAAACCCAACUGGGGUUUUGGAGUUUCGGAAGACGAUUUUGGGUAGAGCAACAGCUCCGAAAGUUGCUCGGUACAGUUCGAGAGGUCCAUUUGUGAGAAGCCCGAGUGUGUUGAAGCCCGAUGUUUUGGCUCCUGGUUCGGACAUAUUGGCUUCAUGGUCUCCGCUUGACAAAAUCGUCGAAGUCCACUCCAAGCCUUUGUUUAGCCACUUCAAAAUCAUCUCGGGAACUUCCAUGGCCACUCCUCAUGUUUCAGGGUUAGCUGCUUUGAUCAAAGCCGUUCACCCAGAUUGGAGCCCUGCAGCUAUUAGAUCCGCCAUCAUGACCACGGCAAACCCUUUAGACAACACCCAGAGCCCUAUUAAAGACGCCGGAAACUUCGACCAUCCGGCCAUCCCCAUAGACAUUGGAGCUGGAUUCAUCGAUCCAAAUAAGGCCAUUGAUCCUGGGCUAGUCUACGAUGCAGAAACAGAGGACUAUGUCAAGCUUCUCUGCUCAUUGAACUACACAGCAAAGCAGAUGAAAAUUAUUACCAAAACGAAUACCAGCUGCAAUGAGAUUAAACCGUCUUCUGAUCUUAACUACCCGUCGUUUAUUGCUUACUUUCCCCGUGAUUUCGAGGGCUCGAAUCCGGGUUUGAAAGUGGCAAGGGAGUUCAGGAGGAGGGUGACCAAUGUUGGGAAAGAGAUGUCGAGUUACAGAGCAGAGUUGAGUGGCAUGAGGGGUUUGAUGGUGAGGGUGGUACCGGAGAAGUUGCUUUUCCGGCGGAAGAAUGAGAAGUUGAGUUACAAGCUCAUUGUGGAGGGUCCGACUAAUAUGGAGGAGGAGGUGGUGCACGGUUCACUGAGUUGGGUGGAGGAGUCUGGUAAACACAUCGUGAGAAGUCCAAUAGUGGCCACUGAUAUGGACCCAAUGACCAUUUGAAACUGUCAAAUCUAUAUAUGAGAUGAAGAUGAAUAUUCAAAGUUAGAAGUAGACUACUCGGACUUGGGGUACGAGGAUUAGAAAGAAAGCAAGUAAACGCGGGAUUUUUUAUGAUGAGGUUUUAUGUACAGUUGUUUUGAAUUUAACCAUGUCUGACUCGAUCUUUUUAUACACGUAUGUUGGUGUCUCCUCCCACAAGCACAAGAAUUAUAUAUAUAUAUGUUCUUGAAAAAAGAUUUCAUGUAAGAGGGAAAAGUUGCUAAUGAGUUGGGACUCUGUUAAGUUGCCAUUUUGGUUAUGAAAUGUAUUGAAUUGGGAAUUUAUAAGAGUUAUUAGCUAGGAACUCUUUAACACCGGCAACGCAAUGGGAGUGCUUAGUUAAUUCCUAUAAUCAAAUGAGACGGUACCCCACUUAAUCUUAUAACUUCUUUUUUGUAGGGACUGAUAGCCUAUAACUUGUUUACACACUAUCUACAAAUUUAAUAUUACUGUAUUAUAUUGAUGUAACAAAAGAAGAUUUAAAGUUCAGAGUUCAGCAGUUGAAAUUAUUCGUAUUUUUGUUUGAAUUUUUUCUUUUUUUUACG